AUGAUGAGUCAUCAUAAAAUUUAAUUAUACUUAUUUAUACUAAUAAUUAUUUAUUUGUUAUUUUGUUAUUUAUUCUUUCUAAUCGCUAAAGUGCUUUUGAAAUAAUCACUCAUUAGGAAAAUAUUUGAAUACUUUUUGCUUAUAAUUGAGUUAAGAAGCAAAAAUUAAACAAGUCAACACAAUUGUAGUAAGAUCAAUAAAUAUUUAAAUUGUAUUAAGAGAAUAUAGAAAAUAAAAGAAAAAGAAAUGAAAAAGAGAUGGAAAAAGUAUUUUUCAUGA